UCCAAGGGCAAUCGCUACGAAUCAACACACACACCAACACCACAACUUACAACUUACAACUUACAAUUUACCACUCACUACUUACAACUUACAUUGUUAAAUCCAACAGUGAACGUUGAUACGGUUCUAAGUGUUCUAAAGCCCGAUCGCAAUUCUCCGGUCACGAGGAUCCAGGUGGUUUACUCAGCCAAGAUUAAAGCCACGAUUCAAACUUGCGGUGCCCGAGAACAGAACAAUAGGAUCAAAGGAAUUCUUCCUUAUUAAUAGAAGCAUCGGAGGAAGCUUUGAAGUCUAAAAUACACACUCGAUUACUUGGACAAUUAUCGGUUCCUUUGAAGCAGAUAACUCGAUUUGCAAUGACUACUCAUCACUGGAGAACAAUUCUAGCGACAGUGGUCCAAGUUUGGGCCCUGUUGGCUCUGGGUGAGACCGCUUCUUCCCAGAUUCCGUUGUCAUCAACGCCACCAGCAGUUUCAGAGCCUUCAGGCGUAUCAGGGCCUGAUUACACCGGACCAUCAGCUGGCUCAGAUGAGUGCGAUUCUGAGAUGGUUGGCUUCGAGCUUGUCACCGGAUACGUUUAUACUGCGCCCACCAACAUGCUUGAAUCGAUACCCGGUAUACUUAUGCUCACUGAUUGCUUGGAAACCUGUCAGGCGAACGACUCCUGCCAGGCGGUCAAUUAUGAAACCGGACUCUGUGUGCUAUUUAGUUCUAAUGCUGACAACAAUCCAGGUGCUCUGACGCAAUCCCAGUUCCCAGUGUUUACAAUCUACGCCCAGAAGAGCUGUUUGGCGGUAAAGCCUUGCGAGCGUGCAUGGUGCAUCGACAGAGUCCAAGGUCAUCGGCUGCAAGGUCACACUAAAAGAACCACCAGUGCGUCUUCACGUCAGCACUGCCUUGAGUUGUGUCUGGGCGAGCGGGACUUUUUGUGCCGAUCUGCGAAUUAUGCCAACGCAACAAAAGUAUGUGAGCUAUCGGACAUGGAUCGUCUGACGAUUGCCGGCUCCAGCGCAUUCCAGACUUCCAAGGGCUUCGAUUAUCUCGAGAACCACUGUGUCGAUGAGCCUGUUAAGCUUUGCGAGUUCAAGAAACUUACUGGAAGGAUUUUAAAGACUGUUGAUUCAGUUCAUCAGGACAUUGCUACUUCGGAUGAGUGCCGUGAAUUGUGUCUUAAUUCUCCCUUCCGUUGUCACUCUUAUGAUUACGGUGACACUGGUGAUAUGGUGUGCAGACUCAGUCAUCAUGCCAGAGCUACUCUUUCUGAUAUUCAGGAGCCGUACUUAGACGUCCCAGAAGCUUCAACCUACGAAUUGAGCUCUUGCUACAACGUGACAAUAGACUGCCGAGCCGGUGACAUGGUAGCGCGAAUCCAAACGAGCAAGCUGUUCAACGGCAAGGUCUACGCUAAAGGCUCACCAAAUUCCUGCGUGAAGGACAUAAAGGGGGCGUUGGAAUUUGAAUUGCGAAUGGCGUACGACGAUUUGGAGUGCAACGUGCGGUCCCAAGGGCUGGGCCGGUACUUAAACGACGUGGUGAUCCAGCACCACGACACAAUCGUGACCAGCUCGGACUUGGGACUGGCGGUGACUUGCCAGUACGACUUGACGAACAAGACGGUCUCCAACGAAGUCGACUUGGGUGUCCAGGGAGACAUCACCCCUGCUCUGUACGAGGAGGUCAUUGUUGACUCCCCGAACGUCGCGAUGAAGAUUACCGACCGGAACGGAAACGACGGCAUGCCAUCUGCGGAAGUCGGAGACCCUCUGGCCCUUAAAUUCGAGAUCCUGGACCCCAACAGCCCCUAUGAGAUCUUCGUUCGCGAGCUGGUCGCGAUGGACGGCGUCGACUCCAGCGAGAUCGUCCUGAUUGACGCCAGGGGCUGCCCCACAGACCACGUCAUCAUGGGCCCGCUUUAUAAGGCCACCACCAACGGCAAGAUUCUUCUGUCUCACUUCGACGCCUUCAAGUUCCCGAGCUCGGAAGUAGUCCAAUUCCGUGCUUUAGUAACUCCAUGCAUGCCAAGCUGCGAGCCAGUACAGUGCGACCAGGAAGAGUCAACCGGCGAACUGAGAUCAGUAAUCAGCUACGGACGAAGACGUAGACGUCGUUCAGCAUCAUCUCUCUCCCGCGAGGACCUACUGCUGGUCCAAUCAAUCCAGAUCACGGACAAGUUCGGGUUCGAGCGCGACGGAAAGUCUCCUCUUGGUAACCUGACGUCCCAGUCCCGCGACACGGUAUUCGUCGAGUCCCAAGACAUGCCCGGAGUCCACGGAUUGUGUAUCAACAUGGCCGAGGCGAUAAUUACCGGCACAGUGUUCAUAAUCGCUCAGAUAGUCGUGAUUGCCGCGUGGACCUUCACCUGGCAGCGACGCAAGCAAAUUCUCAAGCACCAAGAGGCGCUCUCUGUCUCGGUAUCAGUCCCCGGGAUUCACUCUGGGAUUCCCAGUCGCACCGACAGCCUUUGCAAGCUCUACGACGCCGGCUAUUCCCGUCGAUUCUAAUCAGCUCAUAAAUUUAUCGCCACAAUCGCUAAUUAAUUUUUAAUAAUUAAAAUAUCUUUGAACACUCGCGCCCUUUUUUGUUCCUUUAAUUUAUUUAAUAAGGAACAAGAGACUGCACGAUGUCAAAAUAUUUAACUACGAUUUCGAUUUCCGCUCAGCAGCUCUUUGAGCAGAAACCGAAACCGAAAAGGCUCGAUUUUUAAUUUUUUUAAAUUAUCGGGUCGCGGAUUUUAUAUCAAAAAGCGGACUCACGGUGGGAAUUUUAAUGAAAUGAAAUGAAUCAUGAUUUAAAAUUUUUGAAUAAUUUUAUUUCAUGAAUUUGUGUGAAAGUUUUGGUGAUAGUGAAAGUAUCAAACGUCUGGAAUUUUUUUUUGUGAAAAAUGGAGAUCCACUUGAAAAUUUGUAAAUUCUAU